AUCUUCCCCCGAUUUCAAUUGCGAUUCUCCUUGUCCACGUUUCCUGCUCGCUUUUGGGUCGCAGGGAUUAGAAGCUGACAAAAAUAUUCUCUUGUCUCCUCGGCGAACAGGAAAAAGCUAAGAUGGAACAGAAUGAGACUGGAUGCCAAACUCCUCAAGCUCCUAUCAUGUGUGCAAAUAACUGUGGAUUCUUUGGGACAGCAGCUACCAUGAAUAUGUGCUCCAAGUGUUACAAGGACCUGGUUUUGGAGCAAGAGCAAGCAAAGCUUGCUGCUUCCUCAAUCCAGAGUAUCGUUAACGGGAGUUCCUCUGUUGGUGGACAGGAUUCAGAUGCUGCUGUAAUUAGUGAAACACAGAUUGCCCCAUCAGACAUGGUGGAAUCACCUCAGUCAUCAUCUGUACCUCCUGCAAGUGGGCAUGCUGAGGAAGUGAAAGAAGGUCCAAAAAGGUGUGGUGUGUGCAGGAAGCGGGUUGGUUUAACAGGUUUUAAUUGUCGAUGUGGCAGCAUGUUCUGUUCUAUGCACCGUUACUCGGACAAACAUGAGUGCUCCUUCGACUACCGUUCUUCUGGUCAGGAGGCUAUAGCCAAAGCCAACCCAGUUGUGAAGGCAGAUAAGAUUGACAAGAUAUAGAAUGCAAAGUAUGGCUUUCUUGAAUAUGGAUGCAUUUGUUUUCAUCUCCUAACAAUAGGUGAAUCGGUUCGCAAUCAACAUGAUAGGUGUACCCUUUUGUGGCCGAGUAGCCAAAUGCGUCGUUUGGGCAUCCCUCCGACCUGCAGUAAUUUUAUCUCUUCUUGCUUGUCUUUGUGUAGGGUCUGAUAUGAUUGUUAUUUCAGCUAGUCUUAUGUAUUCGACUUUAUUCUGAACUGGUCUGGCAAUAACAUCUCUAGUUUGUUUGGGUCA